GUUCGCUCUGCGUUCUAUUGGCCAGUCGGAUUUUAUUGCGGAAGCGAUUACUUUUUUCUCGCAGCAGGCAGGCAGACAUUAUUUGCUUAAAACAAAUACUUUCCCAAACAUGUAUACAACACAAAACAUCGUCAACUCAAUAACAUCGAUUUGAAUAGCGAAAACAAUUGAUUGACUUCAUAACAAGAAGACUGUCUACACGGGCGUGUGUGACGCGUCUCUUCCUACAUUCAGAUCCUAUCGUGUUGCUUUCAUAUUCUACGGGGUUUUGACACUUUGCCCGCUAGUCAGUCGGGAUGAAGCCUGGAGUAGGGGCAUGUCAGGACCCCUGUCAGGGUGGUCCGGGGGUGGGUGAUAGGGGACGACACCCUGGUGUCUCUACCCCCUAAAGACACCCCUGGCUCACCCGCGAGGUCACCCUCAGAGUUGGGAAGCCCUGGCACCCGCCAGGUCGCGACCUUUGACCUGCUCAAGAUGGUGGUGUCUUACAAGAGGAUGGCCCUGUUUCUGGAGCCGCUCACUGACACGUUGGAGCUGGCCCGCUACCUACUGGGGUGGAGGAUGCCUCUGUGCUCACUACUGGUCUGUGUACUGCUCAACAUCCUCUUCCUCACUCUGAGUGAAGUGGGGUGGUUCUCUGUGUGUGUUCUGGGGGUGUCUGCCCCGGCUGCCCUGGGUUACCUGCAGGACAGGUGUGGGGGCGGGGCGUCGGAGGCGGAGCAACAGAAGAGGCGGUGCCACGCGGUGCAUCGUAAGGACCUGCAGAAUGUUCAGCUCACCAGACAGGACGCCAUGCUGGAAGUCAAGGACCUGUUAAAGCAGCUAGAUGACCUGUUGUCUCAUGCCUGCCUGUCUGCUGAGUCCGUCUACAAGCUCCUGUACUGGGAGAGCCACUCUGAGUCCUCUAGGUUCUACGGUGGCCUGUUAGCUGUAUUGAUGCUGCUGUAUUCUGUCCCUGUGGGCUGGGUGCUGGCCUGUCUCUCUACUGCACUCUUCCUGUGGAACAGAGACUUCUGCAGGGUUGUGUUGGACCUAAGGGAGGUGGUCCAUUCUGGCCAGAACCCAUCCUCAGAAGGAGAGAUGGACCUCACAGAACCGGACCACAGCAGCCUGGACCGGACUCCCACUGCUACCAGCUUGGAGGACCUGUCCCCGGGCAGCGUAGAGGAGGCUGAGGAGGCAGAGCCUGAUGAUGAGUUCAAAGACGCCAUCGAGUUGACUCAGGAGCCCCAUAUCUCCCUGCAGGACUAUCUCAGACAGUUCAGUGUUACACGACGUCAUGACCGAGGUCAAAGACCUGAGACUCCCUUGGCUUUAGUGGAGGAUGAUGACAUAAGUUCAGAUUUGGACACCAUCUCCAUCACCUCAGACAACGGUCUGCUGAGCCGCAACGAGCCAAUCCGCAGUAAAGUGUCCAAACUGACGGAGAAGCUACGCAAACGCUACCCCACCAACAACACAGGUAACUGUUCCAGCUGCAGUGCAGUCUUCUCAGUGGUGAAGAGAAGGCGGAGCUGUAGCAACUGUGGCAACAGCUUCUGCUCCAGAUGCUGCUCCUACAAGGUCCUCAAGGCCUGCAUGGGUGUCACAGCUCCAGAUGCCCAGAGAGAGACAGUGUUUGUUUGUGCUGUCUGCAACUCCACCCUCAGCAAGUGAGAAAUGACUACCACCUCCUACCCACUCAUGGAGACCCAGGGAGGGUACUGCCCCUCCUACCCAGGAUUCGAAGCUCCUUGGCUGGGUAGAGCCCGCGGCAGAUCAGCUUCUACCCCGCCUGGGGGUGGUUCAAAACCCCAGGUUGUCUGGUUCUCUGGCUCCAGCCGAGGUGACCAGGGUUAUUAAGAUGAAUCAGUCCCAAAUGGCAACCUAUUCCAUAUAAAUUAUUCCCUAUAAAUUACACUGCUUUUGCCCAGAGCCCUAUGGGGUUCCCUAUGGGCUCUGGUCUACAGUAGUGGACUAUAUAGGGAAUAGGGUGUCAUUUGGGACGCUCCCACAGACUCCCAUCAGCUUGUGUUGCAUUGAGAUUUAUCCUGUACUGUCAUUCUGUCAUGGAGGUCCUGAGAAUGCUGAGAGGUGUGUGUGUGUGUGUGUGUGUGUGUGUAUUGGAUUGUAUAAGAUAUGCUAUAGAUUGACCCUGUUAUAACUUAUCCAUCCUGUAAUGGUUUUAUAUGUUGGUCCUAAUGUUAAUUUAAUGGAUGUAAAGACAGGAUGCUAAAGACUAUACCUUAGUCCUAAAUGGCAUUCCCUAAUCUCCAUGGAGCAUAACCUAACCCCAUGGAGUGAUUUCCAGAGGUGAUCCCAGAGCUGUGUUCAAAUACUCAUACUAGCUGUACUAUUUGUGAUGUAACAUUGAGUAUGUAGUUAAGUACUUAUUGGAUAUAGUAUGCCAAAGGUUCCUGGAUGUCGUACUAAAUUCACCAAACUACGAAGUAUACAAGCAGUGGACACUAUUUCUGUGCUUUUAGGGACCAUAAUGCAAUUCUUCAGAAAAUGGGCGUGGCUUCACCAACGUUUUCAGAUUUGAGGAAAAUGGCCGACGAGAGCAGAUAGAAAUGAAUUGCUUUAGGAAAAUGUUGAGCAAUGUAAUAAAGUAAUGACUUUUCAAACAAGUUAAACGUUAUGUUGGCUGACAAUUUAUUAUCUACGCUGUCCUUACGAACCGCAGCAUGUCAUUCCGCAGUAUGUACCGGGCUGUUAGCUAGCUACCUAACGAUAGUUGGCUACUAAUACAUUGAACUUCCAAGGUAGUAUAUUAACUAACUACCCAAUGAUUAUUCACAUCAUUCUUAGCUAAGUGGUAGAGUCGUCGUGCGUUCUCAAUGGACAUAGUUAAUUCUGGCUAUCUACUCUGAUUUCAGAGCAUCUCUCAUCUGUGUGCCAGUGCACAGAAUAGCUGAAUAAAACGUGUUGAAUAUGGCCGGUGUCAGUAAGCGUUGGAGGGGGAAAAAGCGCAAUUAAAUUGUUGCCUGCACCACAGUUAGUCACCAACACUCUACAUAAAAUGAAAACUGCCAAACCAGCUCUGCUAGGGUGAGUAAAAUGAGUGAGGGUGAGGGUUUCUCUCAUUUGUGUCUGGAGGUAGCUAGCCAGUUAGCUUGGGUGCUUGACUGCCAUUGUGGGGACAGAACGCUCGGAUCAACCCUACUCCUUGGCCAGAGCGUCUAUUGUGGGCUCCGAGACCGAAACGCUCUGGAUUUACCAACGGACAAUCUGACAACGCUUUACGAACGCACCCCAUAUUGAAUUUACAGACGCAGUCGAAAUCGCAAAAUGUCUAGCUAGUAAUUUGUUAUGCUAACAAGCCAGCAAGAGGUUGCAUAGCAACAGCAUAAACUUCUGGUAGACAGGCGAAGUGCUAGUACUCAACUGAAAGGAUACCCUUCGUUUACAGUAUUCUAAAAUGAACUAAUAGUAUGUAGUAUACAGGAUGUUGGUAUGGAUAUUUGAACACAGCACAGGCUUUAGAUUGACACAUAAGAAUGUACAUGUUACACUUUUACCAUUGUGAUCACCAAUAUUUAAUCCACUGAAAGUUUAUAUUUAUCCAAUUUAUUAAUUCAUUCAUUUGAUUGAUUAGCUUGACAGAAUGGAGGAGUUUGUUUACUCUUCAUUGCUUCAAUAAACUGAUUUUGAAUGUUUGAAAUUAA